AUGGUCAUGAAGCCCUUCCCCAAUCUUGAUGAGGUGUAUAAUCUUGCCUUAAGGGAAGAAUCUCAGAGAAAUAUCAGGAUUAAUGUUUCUCCCUUACCUGAAGUUAGUACAAUGGCAAUCAGUUCUGGAAAUCAGAAGAAGAAGUCAAGUGUUACCUGCAGUCAUUGCGGUAAAAAGGGUCAUUUAAAGGAUAAAUGCUACAGGAUAACAAGUUUUCCUCCCAAUUUCAAAUUUACUAAAGGAAAAUCUGCAACUGGUGGUACACAUUCUGCUAAUAAUGUGACUCAAGGUAUAUUGGAUCGUACACAUUCUGUUAACUCUCAUUGCUCUUCAUCUCAAUUAUCUUCCACUGAUAUAUGGAUUGUAGACACAGGAACCACAGACCAUAUUGCUAAUUCUCUCAAAUACUUUGAUUCUUACACCACUAUUCACGAUUUGUUUGUCACUCUGCCAAAAGGAACUAAGGUUCAAGCCACACACAUUGGAACAAUUCCUCUGGCUUCUGCUACUAUUCUGAAUGAUGAUCAAUCUUCAAGGAUAAUGAUUGGUCUUGGUAAAGCAAAAUCUGGCCUCUAUCCUCUUCAACCAUCAUUCAAGAGGUUUCCCUUUCCCCUUUAUGUCAAGAACACUGUCUCUUCUUUUGAACUCAUUCAUAUGGAUAUAUGGGGACUAUAUUCUACUGCAACUAUUGGUGGUUAUCACUAUUUUCUUACUAUUGUUGAUGAUUUCACUAUAUUUACUUGGGUUUUCUUAAUGAGAGCAAAGUCUGAUGCUAUUUCCAUUAUUACAAUGUUUUACAAUAUGGUUAGUACUCAGUUUAAUUGCUCUAUCAAACAAAUUUGUACAGAUAAUGGACCCGAGUUCAAUCUCUAUGAAUUCUAUUCUUCUAAGGGUAUUGUGCAUCAAUUGUCUUGUGUUGGUACCCCACAACAAAAUGCCGUUGUUGAACGUAAACAUCAACAUUUAUUGGUUGUGGCCAGGUCCUUAAUGUUUCUAGCUUCCAUGCCAAUAAAAUUCUGGGGAACAACAGUUUUAACUGCUACAUAUAUCAUUAACAGACUUCCAACUGUUGUUCUGAACAACCUUACACCAUUUGAGUGUUUGUUUCAUAAAGCUCCCCAGUAUGGCCAUUUCAAAGUUUAUGGCUCAUUAUGUUUUGCUAGCACCUUACAACAUAAUAGAAAGAAGUUCCAUCCAAGAGCUAUAAAAUGUGUCUUUGUGGGAUAUCCCAAUGGGGUGAAAGGGUACAAACUCUAUAAUCUUGAUGAUCAUUCUAUUUUCAUCUCUGGGGAUGUAGUAUUUUUUGAAUCUGAAUUCCCCUUCUCUUCAUCCUCUGCUACAUCUUCUAUACAUACCCGUGAUGCACAAUCCUCAUUUAACUUAUCUGCCAUUCAUCCUUUACCACAACCUCAAAUUAUUGCUGACAAUGCUUCUUCCCCAUCAGCUUCUGUUCCUUCCAAUCCUUACUCAUCCACUCCUAUGUUUGAAAGUCCUCAUACUUCUCCUGUUAAUGCACAUCCCCCUGCUGCUUCUCAUCUACAGCCAGAGGUUUGUUUUGAUCCUGUACCUCUAAGGAGUACAAGAGUGACUAAACCACCACAGUACCUAGCCGCAUACCAUCCUGACUUACCUGCUAAAUCAUCCCAUCUAUCUACAUCACAUCCUAUUCAGAAUUUCCUCUCAACAUCCCAACUUUCAGAUUCUCAUUAUGCUUUUACUAUUGCUUUGUCUCUUCUUAUGAACCAAAAUCCUAUUUUCAAGCUAAGGAUCACAACCAUUGGCAAGAAGCCAUGA